CCGAUUGACUGCACAGUUCCGUCAGGGUUUCCUUUAUGAUCGCGGGAUCUCCCCCAUCCUCCAGCAGAUCUACACAAACACACCGAUCCACCGCAGCGCCACUUUCCCUCCAGCUGCUGCUCGAUUCAGUCGAUCCUGACCAGUUCUGACGCUACGUCACUGCACUUGACUGUACUUUUCGCGCACUUUCUUUUCACUUCAGAUACCCAGAGGACUUCGGUGUGAUCACCUGAGCCGGGAUCGCUCUUCCAUCUAUUCUCAGCCUUGUCAGUCAGAUCUUUUACCUUCUCUCCGCGCCAUCAUGUCCGAGGUUCUGCCGUACAGCGAGAGCAAGAUGAGCGGCUACGGAGGUGACAACGACGUCAGCCAGAUGUCCUUCAGCUGCGGGCUGCAGGAUACCAGCUCGUUUUUCGGGGCUGCGCAGGCAAAAAGACCCCCGAAACUCGGCCAGAUUGGCAGAGCAAAACGAGUGGUCAUCGAGGACGACCGAAUAGAUGAGGUUCUGAAGGGGAUGACGGAUAAAGCGUCACCGGGUGUCUAAUACGUUCCUUAUGCCCGGCAGACAUUUAUUUUUUUAAACAAUCACCUGUUUGAAGCAGUGGUCAGCUGUGCAUAAAGGAAGUUGGAGAGACACGACAUGCGGCCGUAAAGGUGACAGAAGGGGAAACGACGAGAGGUGGCGACGGCGAGAUUCAUCUCUGCGUUUGCCAGCCAUUCAACUAAAGAAACGCAGAUCUAUUAAAAAAAAAAAAGAGCAUCGCUGUGCAGAAAGUCAUCGAUGCUGCCACGGUUUCCCGUGUGGCUCCAUUUUAAUGAUUUUUUCACCUUGCCAACAGAGGACUGACUUGUGAUUAGCCUUCUUCACGACCAUCUUGUUCCAAAAACGUGCCGUAUAAGCAUAACAGAGGCUGAAGCACAUCUUGAGCUUUGUUGUCGUAGUUGCAUAGUAUCUAAAACUUAAAAAGAUCUUGUAUUUAAACUUGUAGCCUACGUGCGUAGCCUACGUGCGCGUCAAGUCGGAAUUGAGCGUCCGUGAUCUGCACCUGCUCCAAGCGUACAGUGCAUUCCAGUUGCUGCUAGAUUUCGUAGGCUUACACACAGAACACGAACAUUUAAAACUCACAAGACCCAGUGAAUGGUGCGAUGUUAAUACCUAUAGUUCGCUAAGUUUUAAUUAACGCUCAUCACUGAAUGGGUUUGAAAUGUGUAGCUGUAGACGUUUCCUGUUAAUAGCCUGUAGUAUACAUUUUGCCCAUUUUUGUGGCGAAGGCCAUGGGUGGCAGUAAGAAAUUUGGGCCCCUUGAGAGGUUCAUGCACUGCACCCCAUGUCAGCUCUAGCAUGCUUGAUUGCAUAUAUAUUAAUGCUUGUAAAAACAACUUGUGGACAGUUUCCCUAGGCCCACCAUGAACUCUGGCCCUUGUAAAUUGUUCCAAGAUUCACUCAAGGUUAUCCUGCCUUACAUGCAACUUGAUUUAGAUGUUUCAGAAUGUUAUGACUUGGUUCUACUUUAAAAUUUGUUUCCACUUCUGCAUGAUUUUUUACGUCUGGUGCCAAUACAGUUGCCUCCAUGACGUUUUAUGCUGUAUUCACAUUAAUGCAAAAAAACCAAAAAAAAAACCAAGGUAAUUUGGAGUGAAUUAAGGGCAUUGUGUUUGGAUGUCAUGGGUAAACUCUUAACCCAGACCUAAAACGUGACCUCCGUAAACUCCUGUACUCUAGGUGGCACUAUAUUGAAAUCCUAUGAGCAUGUGGGAUUUAUACUUUUAACAUGUGAUUACUCGAUCUGUACGUGGGCAGCGGACGCACAAAAAUUCGUUAUGGCUGUGCCAGUGAUGUUCAGUGAAGUCACAAAAUACGAGUCCGAGUCGAGUCACGAGUCUUUAGGCUAGAGUCCGGGUCAAGUCACGAGUCUUUAGGCUAGAGUCCUUAGGGUAGCGUCUGAGUCAAGUUACAUAUAUUGGAAAUGUAGCGUAGAAAUAAACAAAUAACAUGCAAGUUCAGAUAAAAAACAACAGAUUGGCGACUGUAUUUUGCUGUUUUACUUAGUGCCUUUACUUUCCAGUUAAAAGCUAAAACUGAUGUUUUGUUUUCAUUGCAAAUUACGGCACAGUGGCCAAAAUCCAAAACACAGCAAAAAAUCCAAAACCACUGCUUACCUUAGCUUAUGUUCUUCCAGAUGCUAUUAAAUUUAUAACCGUGUGUCCCAUUAGGAAUAUAAUCCAUUAUUUUGUAAAUGUGCUUAUAAUUAAAAACCUCCAAACUUUUCCCGGUUGUGAAGUAAAACACGAACUCGUUAGAAAGCCAAUCAAGCGUUUCAUUGACACAUCAUCUGUGUGACGCUGCAAACUAAAUACAUGCAAAUAACAACAUUUC